AUGCUACUUACAUUGACCGACAUUGUAGUUACCAUUCUUUCACUUGGACUCUUGUCUUGGCUUCCGAUAAAUUGUUCCUUUCGUUGUUGCCUUUCUUACCGUAUCUUCGACUGCAUUGCUUUAAGUACUUGCACUAAGCCAAAGGCAAACCCACAAACAGAUUCCGAACUCUUGAACUUGAUUAGCCCAUUUAAAAUCCAAUUGAUCAGUCGAGUCAUGGCCGAUCCUACUGAAUCCACAACUCAUGGCCUCUAUCUAUCUGGCAAUUUCCACAUUGAAAAACAGACCAGCCAAAACAACGGUUGGAGGAAAGAGUGGAGAACUUUUAGUGCAUCAAUUUGGUGUAGUGGCGCAGGCCGAUCGAAGCGAUUGUCGUACGAUAUUGACGCCAAAGGUUUUGGACCUGCCGAACGCAAACUCGAGCCAGGCAACAUUUAUUUCUUGAGAGGCGCAUUUUUUCCUACUAAUGAUCUUGACAUCAAGGAUGUUUUCUAUUUUGAGGGCUCUGACCGCGGUUUGAUUUUGACCGCUACCGAAUUCAGCGGAGAUUUGGCUGACACGGUUGGCGCCACAGGAGUUGGUAUUGUCAAAGACCCCAAGCAAUUUACAGUCCAAUACCGUAUUCCGCCUACCCCUAAUCUCCUCGGCACACCUAAAAUUCUCAGAGUCGGCCUUAAUCCACAGGCGAAUAAAGUCUGCCCAACUACCGGCAACAAAGAAUAUGAUGUCAAUAUGAAAGACGGAAAAGUCAAAGUCAAAGAAGAAACCAACAAACCCGUUGGUUUGGCAAACAAACCUAUGAAAUUUGAGCCCAGAAGCUUAACUUCACCAUUCAAAUCACCCAUUAUUCCUACGGAUACUGAAUCUGCCUCCAGCAUGCCAUUUGCCCCAUCUGAUUUCGGACCUUCUUCCUUUUCCCGCGCUUCUUCUUCAAAGUCUACUCUCCCAUCUGGAUCAAGCGCUUCUCCAGAGAAGGCUGCAUUGGAGCCAUCCCCAAAGCCGGUCAAGAAAAGAGCCCUUGCUCAACCUAAACGUUCCACGAAGAAAAGUAAGACUCUCGACUUGACUUUGAAUGAGGAAGACGAGGAUGAAGCAAUUGUAUAA